ACCCCGUGCUGGGUUUUUUUUUUUGUUCAGAACAGGACAAAAUUAAGCGCUGUUUCUCUCUCUCUCUCGGCGUGGGAGAUUCCAGCAUCUGAUUACUAUAAAAAGGAAGCUGUGCAGUGGCCAGAGCAAUGUGUUGAGAUGGGGGAGGGCAUUACAACACAAUGGAUUCUCCUCGCUUUCCUACAGGACCAGAGGUGCAGCAGCCAGGAAUAUAAGAAGGAACUGGACACUUUGGAAAAUGAGUUGAAUAAGAAGAUUCCUUUGAUUUCAAACUACUCCAGUCUCUGGAGAAACAAUCAAGACUGUUUCAGUGAUGGUGAUGAGGGAGAGCUUCAGACAGAUGGGCAUUUUUGUUCUGACAUUAGAAAUAUCUGCAGAGAGAUGCAGCCUGAUGUACAAGGAAAUGCUGAUGAUGUUGGUGCAGCAAGGCAAAUCGCAGCAAAUCUGAUUGAGAUCGCAGAUCAGCUGAACCAAAGUGUGGUUUCACGGGCCUCUGACAAUUUACUCAGGAGGAUGCAAAACAGAAUUUCACAAGACUGGACCAGCUUGCUGUCCUUCGAAGUGGAGCGCUUGAUGCGGCAGGGCAUCCCGGGGUUGCAGCAGUUCCCUCAAGAGAAAGUCAUGCUCACCCUCACCAUGGUGCUAGUGCAGAACAUUGGAGUGCAUGCUCCCACUUUGCUGCGCAGCUUUUUCAGUACUGCUGUGCAAUACAUUAACGAAAACCUCCAGAACUUCAUACGAGAUCAAGGAGGAUGGGGAGGAAUUUAACCAUGGAAAGGGAAUUCAAGCUGCCAGAUCUGGUUAUGUAGCAAACAUCUUCAUAUUACAUGUUUUACCAUGAAAAAAAAAAAAAAAUUAUAUAUAUGUAAAAUGUCUAGGGACCAUUCUUUGUUUUGUUUCUUUGUAAUUA